GGAGCCAGCCCGCCGGCUUGGGGGAUGCGGUGCCGCUGCUGGCAUCUGUGCCUUUCGCAUUGUUACUCCCGCGUCACGGCUUCCUCCCCGCUCCCCAGCAGCGCUCCGAGCCGCAGCCCCCGUACGCGCCCCCCGGCCCGGCGGGUCCCCGCCGCAGGAUGCGCCGGCUGCACUGAGUCCCGGCAGAGACCAGCACCGCAGGGGCGCGCAGCCUCGGCCGGGAUCCCCCGCCCCGGGAAGGGGGGAACCAUCCUCCUCUCCCUCCGUCGGGCUCAGCCCCUGCAGCCCGGACCCUCCUGAGCCGCGCACUGCUGGAAGGGGGACACCGGACUGCGCUGGGGACGGUGCGUCUUGGAGACUGGGGUCGUGCCCCCCCCCCCCGCGAGAAGCCGAGAAUCGCCCUCGAGGGUGGUUCGUGGGCCACAAAGAAAGGGAUCGGGCCGUUGCAAGCAGCCAAAGUGCGUGGUUGGGGGGCCUGCGCCCCAGAAGAGGCGAUUCCGUGGGCCAAUGGGGCCCGUGCGCCCCGAAGGAGCCCAGGUCGGUGGGUAGCGGGCCCGUGCGCCCUGACCCGAAGAAGGAGGCGGGUUCCGUGCGCCCCGCAGGUGCCAAGGUCGGUGGCCAGGGGGGCCCGUGGGCCCCGAAGAAGAGGGGGUUCCGUGCGCCCCGCAGGAACCGAGGGCUGUGGCUAGGGGGGCCCGUGCGCCCCGGAGGAGCGGGGCCCUGCGCCGGGGAGGCUGCCGGCCGGGGGCUGAUCUGCGGGAGGGAGGAGGCGGAGUGGCGGCGCUGGAAGGGGCGGGGGAGCAGGAACCACCUUGCGGCAGCGCGAUGGCCAGCGAGGCCGGCGAGCCGGCGGCCGGCCGGGCCCUGGCCCAGCUGAGCGACUCGGAGCUGGGCGGCUGCAGCAAGGAGGAGCUGGUGCGGCGGCUGCGGCAGGAGGAGGCGGAGAAGCUGGCGGCGCUGGUGCAGCGGGGGCGGCUGAUCCAGGGCGUCAAUCGGCAGCUGCAGGAGCAUCUGCGGGAGAUCCGCGAGCUGAAGCAGGUGAACGAGCGCCUGGCGGCCGAGAACCGCGAGCUCCGCGACCUCUGCUGCUUCCUGGACGACGACCGGCUGAAGGCCAAGCGGCUGGCCCGGGACUGGCAGCUGUUCGGGCAGCAGGCGGCCCGGGUGCUGCGGGACGAGCUGGCCGCCUGCCUGCACAAGCUGGCCGGGCUGGAGGGGCUGCAGGAGCGCUUGGCCGCCGAUAACCUGGAGCUCAAGGCGCUCUGCCUGGCGCUGGAGGAGGAGUGCGCCGCCCGCGCCGACAGCAGCCCCGUGGGCUCCUCGGAGCUCAGCCUGCCCUGCGGGCCCCGGGACCUGGGCGACGGCAGCUCCAGCACCGGCAGCGUGGGCAGCCCGGACCAGCUGCACCUGGCCUGCUCGCCCGAGGACUAGAGACUCCCCCGAGCGGGUGGGGGGCCAGGACCACCCGGACUAGGGACCUCCCCAGGGGCCUGCCCCCCAGGACUGUACUCCCCCAAGGGGCCGGAGGGGUGGGGGCCAGGAGUCCCCCCUCGAGGGAGCUGCUCCCCAGUGACUUCACCCACCCGCCUGCAUCGGAAGGACUGGAAAGCAGAGGCAGGCUGUUGGUGGGGGUCUCUCCCCUGGGGUCUGGCGAAGGGGUGCUGCAGAGGAUGCGGGGGGCGGGGGAGGUCACCUCCGUGAAGAUCCCAGUGCAGACUUUGGGGGGGUAGAGAAUGGAGCUGGGAACUGGGGGGGGGGAAGGUCAAAGAUGCAUUUUGGGUGCUACUCCCCCCCCCCCCCCCAGAAGCAGCGUCUCUCUUAGCUUCUUCACCAACCUCUCCCCCGCCCCCAGGUGCUAACUCCAACCCGGCGGUGUAGCGAGAGCAGUGUGACUCAGGCGACGGGGGAGAUUAGGGCAAACCCUCCCCCCCCCAAAAAUAAAAAUAAUAAAUGUUUUAAAAUUGCUACUUUGGGCAAAGUCGGUGUCUCCUGAUUGGUGAUUUCCUGCUUCUCUGAGUGCCUGAGCCCAGAAUUUGGGGUCCUACAUGGUAUGGCCCCAAUGUGAUGUGGGGAGAGAGAUUUUAUUGUAAUUUCCUUUCCAGGACUCUGACUUUUCCAGUUCCUACAUAUCCAGAGUCCAUUCAUUUUUAGAUUUCAGGAUUUUUUGA